AUGGCAAUUAGAAUUACCUAUGUUGCUAUUUCAAUACUUACAACUCUAUUGCUCAAUACUUGCAACGCUAUGGAGGAAUACUCAUCACAAACUGAUGCAACUCAAUCAUCGACUAUAAGCGAUAGCAUCAUGACAUAUGAUUUCAAUGACGUCUCAAAAGCAAUCACCCUCAUGCAGCCAGGUGACUCGGGCAAUUUAACUAUGUUCAACUUCACGGACCCUGAGACAUUUCUGUUUGAGGAUUGGAUUGAAGUAUCAGAUACAUUUCGAGUUGAAGGACGGUCUAUAGCUGCACUCGUACCACAUACUGCUUAUAAUUAUCAGUCGGCAGUAUUCUUCUAUCUACUCAAUCCACAACCAGAUGGAUCAGGUUUCGCUGGUAUCGACUACAUAUUGGAUACCUGGGACUUGUCAAAAUACACGGGUGUUGUAAUUGAUCUACAUAGACAGGGUGAAAAUUCCAACUUCAAAUUGAUCUUCUAUGGAAACUGUUCGGAACUACUCACUUGUCAAUCGUAUGAGUCGUUUUUCGAGACAUCUGGAGAACGAGAACAAAUAGAAUUGCCAUUUAGUACAUUUGCACCAUACUUUCGUGGAGAACCGAAACCCGAUUCACCACCUCUAGAUUUAACUCAACUCUCCCGCUUCGGUAUACAGGUGUAUGGCGGUAUCUUUGCAUCGAGAAAGCAAUCUGGUCCAGGUUCCAUCGACAUAUUCACCAUUUCAGCAUACAAGCAAGGUCAAAUGCCAGCUUAA